GAGCGAAAAGAAAACAAAAAGCUCUAAAUAGAUAGUCGGCCGUCCAUCGUCCACACCCAAAGCUGAAGCGAACGAAGGAAACGAAAAUGGAGGCGAAUAUUGGGAAAUUCUUUGAGUCGGUUGGCAAUUUCUUCACUGGUAGUGAACAGAUCCCAUGGUGCGAGCGCGACAUCAUCGCCGGAUGUGAAAGAGAAGUUGCUGAGGCUCAGAAAGGUUCCAAUGAUGAGUUUUUCAAAGAAUGUCUCAUGCGACUGUCAUGGUCUCUUGUUCAUUCAAGGCAUCCAGAAGAUGUGCUACGUGGAAUAGCCAUGCUUGAAGCUUCUGUAAGUGAUGCUAAUAGCAACCCUCUGCAAUUGAGAGAGACUAUAUAUCUUCUUGCUGUUGGGUAUUACAGAAGUGGUGACUAUUCUAAGAGUAGGGAACUUGUUGAACAGUGUUUAAUGAUUGCACCUGCUUGGAGACAGGCACUGACCCUUAAGAAAAUGAAUGAAGACCGGAUCAAAAGAGAUGGUGCGAUAGGGAUAGGUAUUGCUGCAACUGCUGUUGGACUCAUUGCUGGUGGAAUUGCUGCAGCCGUGGCUCGGAAAAAGUGAUCAAACCCUACACCUAUCUGCAAACUAUAUCAGAUGAACACGCUUCUUGAAUUCUGUUGUUUGACCGAUCUAGUCCCUGUUCAUAAAACUUUACAUUAGAUGUAAAAUGAAUGCUAGUUUAUAUUACACCAGCUUGAAGUUCUGUAUGUUUUAAAGAAAUGUCAACAUGAUGAGUUUUCUUUCUUAA